AUGUCCGCUCUCAAUACGCUCUCCAAUAACCAGAAGGUUCAGCUUCGUAAUGCAUUCACCAUCAUUGAUGGAGACUCGCGCGAUUCCACCAUCACCAAACAGGACUUGAAGAAUCUCUACACCACGUUGGGACUACCAACGCCUACAGAUAAGCAGUUGGGAACCAUGCUUGAAGGGAAAGACGGCGUCAACUUCACGCAGUUCUCCAAUAUCAUGGCCAAGGAGUUCCUGAAGUUUGACGAUAAGCUCACCAUUUACAAUGCCUUGAAGGUGUUUGCAGAGGAUACACCCACGGGCAACAGCACAACAGAGGAGGAAUUUAUUAUUGAUGUGGACACUUUGAAAGAGGCGUGCUGCUCGGUGCAGCUUGGCGAGAUAGGCUCAGGAGACCACCGCUUGGAAAGAAAGACGUUUGACAAGUUGGUCAAUGGGUUUAUCAAGGAAGAGAUUGACGGGAAGAAGGUGUUUUUGGCUUCGAAGUGGCUCGAUGCGUACAUUGAUUAG